AUGGAGGAAGCUCAAAGACGGAACAAGCAGAAGGAUGACAGCUGGAGGAAACCACACAGAAAGAGAAAGUUGGAGGCGUUCUACUCCCAUAAAUGUGCCGAGCUGGAGAAGGAGCCCACACAUUGUCGUCUGCGUGAUGAUGCAGACGAUAACGCGGAGCUCCAGGUGCACACGGAGCCCUUUGAUGACCUCACGCCUCGAACAUUUCAUCCAGCGCGAAGGGCACUUUUCACGUAUGAAGGGAACAGUAAUGACAUCCGCCUGGCAGAGAAAGGAGAUGGUGGAUUGGAGGAGAUGGUGGAGGAGCUGAACAGCGGGAAGGUGAUGUAUGCUUUCUGUCGUGUCCAGGACCCAAACUCUGGUCUGCCCAAAUAUGUCCUCAUAAACUGGACAGGUGAAGGUGUUAAGGACUCUCGGAAAGGUGUAUGUGCGAACCAUGUGAGCUCCAUGGCCAACUUCCUGAAGGGAGCCCAUGUCACCAUAAAUGCCCGCGGAGAUGAAGACGCAGAACCGGAGGCCAUCCUGGAGAAAGUGGCCAAAGCUUCCGGAGCCAGUUUUAACUUCCACAAAAAGACAGAAACACAAUACAGAGACGCUCCCAGAGGACCUGUGGGAUCUGUGUAUCGGAAAACCAACGCUGUGGAGGAAAUUCAACAAACCAAAAAGGACGACUUCUGGGUCCAAAUUCAGAGGGAUGAAGAAGUGCGUCUACAGAAGGAGAACGAGCGAGCGGAGCUGGAGAGAGAGAUGUUGGAGAAGGAGAGGAGGGAGAUGGACCAGAAGCAGGCGGCAGAGCGGGAUAGGAAAACCAAAGAGAGAGCUCAGCAGAUCGAGAAGGAGAAGAUUCUUCAGAAGCAGAAAGAAGAAGAGGAAAGAGAGAGAGAGCAGCAGCAACAGAAGAAGCAGGAAAAUGUCAACAGGAAGUCGGGCAUCAACUCUGCUGCGUCUGUGCAGAAAGCUAACGAGGCCAAAUCGCUGAUUUCCCAGAGGUCCUUUAAUCCCAGAGACGUAUUCAAGCAGAGGGAGCAGAGCUUUGAGUCCAACGAGACUCCCGCAGUGGCCACACCUGGGAAGCUGCAGAGUCCGUUUUUUUCUCAGAAAUCCUUCGAGAGAGAAGCUCCGCUGCAGCCUCAGCCUCCAGCGCCACCGGCUGUGGUCCCGGCCUACUCCGUGCACCGCCUGUCUCCUGUCUCACCCGUCUCACCUGUCUCACCUGUGCUGUUUCACUCACCGGCUCCGGCUUUGGUUCCGGCCUACUCCGUGCACAGCCUGUCUUCUGCCCUCCAGAAACCCCCGGGGACAACGGGCUCGCCGUUUCAAACUGCAGCUGAAGAGGAUCUGUACGAUGUACCCCCCUCAGCCGAGACAGAGGAGGACCUCUAUGAAGACGUUUACAACCCGCACAACUCCACGGCCGGAGACUAUAAUGUGGAGACCAGCGGGCAGGGCAUCUGUGCCAGAGCUCUGUAUGACUACCAGGCUGUGGAUGACUCCGAGAUCACCUUUGACCCCGAUGACAUCAUAACGGACAUCGACAUGGUGGACGAGGGCUGGUGGCGCGGACACGGACCCUGUGGAAACUACGGCAUGUUCCCCGCCAACUACGUGGAGCUCCUCUAGCUGUCGUCACAGUAACGCUCGCACAACGUAAAAAUAAACCUGAGGUGAAAGACAGGAGGUGGAUUAAGAUAUACAAUAUUUCUGUGUUUGUCGUCUCUGUCAAAAUCUCUCUUUUUUUAACAUCACUGCAUUAACAGACUGUUGUAAAAAUCCCAAUAA